GAGUUGCCAAAAAAUAGUGGUGAAGUUAAUGGAUUGAGAUACAAUUUCGCAUGGUAUAAAAGAGCCAGAUGGAUGGUGCAGAGAGCAUAGUCAAGCAUCAGCCUUCCAAAGCUUUACAACCAAGCUAAUUCACCGAGCUUAAAGAAAGUUCUCUAUAUAUUAAAUAUUACAACAAUGGCAUUCAAAUUCAUCGUGGCUCUUGCCUUUGUGGCCGCUGUCAGUGCUGUUGAGUACCAUCAUGGUGAUUACCAUCAUCAUCAGCCUGUGUACCAUCAUCAGCCAGCUGUGGUCAAGCACCUUCAGCCCGCCCUUGUGAAGCACGUGGAAUACGAAGCUCCUGCCAAGUAUGAAUUCUCCUAUUCCGUUCACGAUGAACACACUGGAGACGUCAAGCAGCAGCACGAGAGCCGUGAUGGCGAUGUUGUUCACGGAUCCUACAGCCUUCUCGAUGCUGACGGUCACCACCGUGUGGUUGAGUACACUGCUGACCACCACAAUGGCUUCAACGCUGUGGUUCAUCGUGAGCCAUCUGGCCACAAGGUCGUUGCUCCCGUUCACAAGGUCGUCGCUGCUCCAGUCCAUCACUACCAGCACGCCGCUCCAGUUGUCCACCACCAGCAACACUAUGCUGCCCCUGUCCAUCAUCAGCAGCACUAUUCCGCUCCUGUCCAUCAUCAUGUCGUGGCUGCUCCCGUUGCCAAACUGGUCGCCCCUGUCCACCAUGUCCCCACCUACCACCAUCAGCCCCAUCACUACAACAGCCACGUGAGCGUCCAUGCUGCCGGAGUCCACUACCAGCACUAAAUUGCUGGCACAAGGCGUCCGAGGACACUCAUCAUCACCCAAAAACUGCCAUGUUGUACAUAUAGGGAAAACGCGCUCGUGUAAAUAGUACAUUAUCAUUGUAAAACCAAUAAAAAAUUAAGAGUUAUACAAAAAA